UCCUGAUAGAGUUUCAACAGAGUCCGAUUCCAGGGCGACAGGUUUGAGACUCCGCCAUCUGAGUGUGUGAAACCAACUCACUCACUGGAUAUUUAUUCACCUGUAGGACGCUUCUUACCUGGCCGCCACAGGACACCGCAGUUCGGAGGACAGAAGCUGUUUAUACGAUUUAAAAGGGAUUUCGGACGCUACAUUGUAAACUCAAGAGGGACUGCUGAACAGACUUCAGCGACGCACCUUAACAAUAAGUUUCUCUGCUCGCCCAUUCAAAGAAACUAGAGAAACCACCUAACAGUUUCUAUCUCCAUCUGACCGUCUCGAUUCUGUACCGAGUUCAUCAAGCGGACAACAGACAUUUUUUGUAAAGGUGGACUGUCCACCCUUCCCUCCGAUGAACAUGUCAGGACUGUUAAUCGCACUCCUUCUCCUAAUUAUUCAAGGGUCUUUGGCUCAGCGCGUGAGGGUGGAUGCAGAAGUCGAGUCAUAUCCCGGCCAGGCUGUGACACUGCGGUGCCAUUUUCCGAAUCCAGGCGACACCCAGCUCACUCAGGUGUCAUGGAUCUUUGAACAGACUGACGUAGAGAGAACCAACAUCGCAGUCUUCCAUCCAAACUUUGGGGCAAAUUACCCUGACAAGUCCCCUCUAUAUGGGCGCGUCCGUUUUGUAACAAACCCGCCCACUUUGGAAAACCCAUCUAUUCAGAUUACAGAUGUGAAGAUGACCGAUGAGGGACGAUAUAUCUGUGAAUAUGCCACCUACCCUUCCGGCAAUGAACAGGGAGUGUCUUCACUGGUCAUGCUGGCUAAACCAAAGAACAUGGCUACAACUGUCACAGUUACUGCCGGCACAACCCCGGUCAUUGUGGCGCGGUGUGAAUCAUCCAAUGGCCGUCCAGCAGCGACCAUUUCUUGGUCAACGGCGCUUAACGGAAAUGUGUCGACGCCGAUGAAGACGAACAAUGCGGAUAAUACGGUCACCGUCCAGAGCACCUACAUGCUGGCUCCGCAGCCAGCGGAUAAUGGCAAAGACAUCAGCUGCGUAGUGUCGCACCGCACCAUGUCCAAGCCUGACACCUUCCCGAUGAAACUUGUUGUUGAAUAUCCUCCCCAAGUGCAGAUCGUUGGGUACGAUAACAACUGGUACAGGGGCCGGACAAGUGCGUUUUUGACCUGUCAGUUUGAUGGAAACCCCCACCCCACCACUGUCACCUGGAAAACUUUGUCCGGUCUGAUGCCUGAAACAGUGCAGGUGCAGGAAAACCGCCUCGCUGUCCAGAAGGUGGAUGACACAAUAAAUACCACCUUCAUCUGUGAGGUCAGGAACAGCUUGGGAUACGCCAGAGAUCAAAUCACCGUCUUUGUGAGGGAGCAAUCACCUACCUCCUCGAAUGCAGGUGUGAUCGCAGGCGUGAUCUUCGCGUGUCUUCUGGCCAUCGUAUUGUUAAGUGUCCUCGCCUACUUCCUGGUAGCCCAUAAUCGCCGCCAACAGCAUGGUUACCGCGGCACCGGCAAGCCAACCGGUGCUCCCUACGACUCCUUUACCCGCCUCUUUGGCUCUGCCAAGUCAAGCAAAAACGGUACCGGAAACAACGGGAACAACAACACGCCCAUUUACAGAGGAGAUGUGGGGCUUAACGAGAAAACGGCCAAUCAGGGCAUGCAUCCGGGGGGCGUGGCUCUGCUCGAGACCACGCGCACUCACACGGCGGAGGAUAUCCUGCUAAGUAGAGAGAUGGAUGAGGUAGAAAGGAAGAAAUUUGAUGAACUGGAAGAAGAGGAUGAGCGAUAUGACCAUUUCAGCGGGGCUGGACCCAUCCUACAGCUCCGCCCACAUGAAGAUGACAUAGAUGAUGACAUGGAGUCCCAGAGGGAUGGCUCUGUGAUCUCUCGGACUGCUGUCUAUGUGUAAGAGGAGAGCAGAAAGAGGUUCUUGAAGGGUGAACGUGGACCUCUUCCAGAAAAGUCGCUUUUUUCCCUCUCAACGAAUAUCAAUUUUAUUGUAAAAAACAAAUUAUGGCAUCAAAUACCACGAGAAAAGGAUUAAUGGAUGGAUGAAUUAAUACGCUGGAUAUAGCAUAGGUUAAAACCUUGAUGGAUCGGGUGAAGUAAAUAGAGACUACUAAAUGCAAAACUGUCAGGCUUCCAUUCCUAACUAUUGCUCCGGUUGUCAUGGGGACAAGUUCUGAGUAAUACGAAACUGCAGAUGUCGACUCUGCGUGCUAUAUAAGACGUGCACAAACACAUGAAGUUAUGUAUAUAAAUCCACUGUGCUGUUAUGUAAUCGUUUUAACAGGUUGUUAUUUUCUGUUGAUCAUGAUUUGACACCUAAACCAGUUUCAAACUUGAUUUUCAAUUGAGUUGGUUUGGAGCACAUUCUUCUGCGCUACAUCUCUCGUUCAGCUUGUUCCUUAGGUAUUGUGUAGAUCAUGAAAGAGUCAAACAUGCACAGUGCUCAUCUGUCUCGAGAUGACGUGUGCAGUUUACUCAAUAUCUCAAUCCCGUUACAUGACUCACCAGUGAAUCAUUUGGUUUUGGGGCUAAUCAAAUCAAAUAUUAAUGAAUUAUGUCUUCGUUCUCACCCACAAUACAUUUAGUCACGAAGAGAUGGCAGCACGUUUUACUGUUUUGUACAAUGUACAAUUUCCUUUUGCAUUUAGUCACAAAACAAUGUAGCAGAUUGCUGUAGUAAUAAAACAGCAGUCAGGGUCACAUCCUUGUUCGCAGUGAACUUCAAACCCUGCCGGAAAAGAAGGAUUCAACUAAAUAUAUUGUUAAACUUACGAAGUGAUGGAACACUUUACAAUAUGGUUCAAUUUGUUAAUAUUAGUUGUAGUUAUCAUGAACUAACAGCAUUUAUUAAUAUGUUAAUUUAUGAACUUGAAAUGUAUGUGUCAAUAUUGACUUUAGCUCAUAUUAUUAAAUGCUGUGGGCAUACAGUAUAAGUUAGUUCAUGAUACCUAAUGCUGACAAAUUAAACCGUACUCUAAAGUGUUACCAACAAAUCUAUAUUUAUUCAUUGUUACCAUGGCCACGCAGCUACAGUAUAUAUAUACCUCCCAUCCGACACCACAGUUAUAGAUCACGUACUGUUAUUUCCUUGUUUUAUUGAGGUUCCUCUCGGUCGGUGAGAUACACUGCCUUGUUAUAGGGAAAAUAAAAUGAAGAAGCUCUUGAAUGAGUGAACGAUCAUGUGUAUUGUACGAUGUGAGGUGAUUUGUAAACUACUGUAUGUACACAUUUUAUUUUUCUUAAAAAUGACAACAAAUAUCUAUACUUCUAAAUGUUGUAAAUACGAAGACGGGGCGAGGCGAAUAUCCAGGUCGAAUGUUGCGCAUGUCAACCACGGCUCUGUGCGUACAGAACUAUAUGAGAGCACACAUAUCACAUAUUUAUAUCUGUAAUCUAGUAUGGAAUACUAGUUCCACCUGUACCGAGUUCAAACACAUUCACAUAUGGAAGGUUUCUAGUUUGAGUGUAUGUGUGUAUGAGUGAGUCAGCGUGUUAAAUGGUGUCUGACUCGAGGGCAGUGAGUUAUUCCUCUCAGUCUCUCAGGGUCUCGCACACAUACACAGUGUGAUUUAAACUGGACACACACACACACACACAUAUUCCUUCUCUGCCCUUGUGCUCUGUUCCCGAGUAUCAGAGGGCAUAUUGGGUACCGUAGUGUUGUUUCCCUGGGCUUCCAUCUUGAUUCACUGACCCUAUUAGUGCCACGUCUGGAUCAAUGCCGCUGAAAAGUUGAAGUUCUCAGUCUGACAUAGGCCGGUUGACGCGCUCUGAUCCACCUGGCAGCGAAUAGGCCGGGGUUUCGACGCAGCUUAGUUUACAUCCUGAUUGAAAGGUCAGAGCACAAUCAGUGAAUGUGUGAGUAGUGGAAGUGAUUUCGUCACUCGUGCUCUGAGAGGCAGAACGCUUUAGCUCCUCAUUAGAGGAGAACGCACUGACCUUCCAGCUCGACGUCUCCACCAGGAAUUCCGUAAUGAAGGAACGGAUGCCUUGAGAAUAUUAAAGAAGUAUCCUCUGAGAUGCGAAACGGCAUAUGUAGAUAUCCAGAGAGUGCGGAGUCGUGAUGUUACGUCUCCUCAAGUCGUCGUUUCUCGUCGUCUGGUUUCGAUGUUCUGGUACACACAUGCACACAUUUAAAAGCCUUAAUGUCACCAGUCACAAACCAUUCCUCCUGUGUACAUAAUACAAAUAUAUAAACAUGGUAUAAGACUAAACGUUAAUGUCACAUCCUUGUGUAUUGUACUUUACUGCUGAGAGCAUGAAGGAUACCUUGGUUUAAUUGGUAUCGCUUUAAAUAAUGUUGAAUUUGUUCGCAUUUUUAAUGCAUUAGGUAUCAUGUAUUACAGCAUUUAUUAACCUAGGUUAGUGAUAAUGUUAAUUUGGGGAUAGUGUUAAUUUAAACAACUUUAAAUCUUUAAAAUUAUGGCGAAAUGAGGAUUCAUCUAGAUGAAUAAAUGCUGUAAAAAUGUUCACUGUUACUUAGUGCAUUAAUUCAUGUUAACAUAUUGAACAAUAUUGUAAAGUGCUAUUGAGUUGAUUUUACUGUUGUUUGUUAUUUUCUAUAUAUUUUUUUUUAAAUGAUCUGUGCUUUAAUUGUUUUUUAUUCUGAGUGGUCUAUUGAUGCCUGUAACGUGUUUGUGCUGUAAACUGUUGAGCAGAGCUCUUGAACUCUUAAUGGACACACAGAAAACACAUCUAUACUACUAAAUGCUUUAUCGCCUUGCGUUGCUUUGCUUUUAGGAUUUAUUUUGGUUAUCUGAAUGUUUUCUCAGUCUUUGUAAUUUUGUCUUUUUUAUUUUAUUUGGUUGCUUAUUAAAGUCUUACAGAUAUUUGACUGA